GUGUCGUGCCCGCUGAGAAGAUCCGAGCUGGGGGCGUGUCCACCGAGGAGACCGGGCUGGGGGCGUGUCCACCGAGGAGACCCGGGCUGGGGGCGUGGCCUCUGGGGUCACUAGGCGGCUCGCUGGGGCCCGCGUCCUUUGCUGGAGGGGCUCCUGGCUCGGGUGCCCGCGGAGGCCGCGGGGAGGGAGGCGGUGCGGCCGCGGGCCGCGCCAUGGCGUCGGGGCGGCUCCCGGGCUGGCUGGCGGCGCUGGCCUGGGGCCUGGCGCUGAGCUGCUGCGUGCACGGCGCGGGCCGGCCGUGGAGUGGCAACAAUGAAUGGAAAAAGCUAAUUUUGACACAGCACUGGCCUCCUACAGUGUGCAAGGAGGCAAACAACUGCCAAGACACUCUGGAUUACUGGACAAUACAUGGACUAUGGCCUGAUAAAGGAGAAGAAUGUAACCGAUCGUGGCACUUUGAUUUAAAUGAGAUUCAGGAUCUUAUGCCAGACAUGAAGAUAUACUGGCCUGAUGUAAUUCACUCAUCUCCUAACCGCAGCCAGUUCUGGAAGCACGAGUGGGAUAAACACGGCACCUGUGCUGCCCAGGUGGCCAUCCUCAACUCUGAGAGAAAGUACUUUGGGAAGAGCCUGGAUCUGUACAAGCAGCUCGACCUCAACAGUGUCCUCCUAAAAUUUGGGAUUAAGCCAUCCAUCAAUUACUACCAGAUGGAAGAUUUUAAAGAUGCCCUUACCAGAAUCUAUGGUGUGGUCCCUAAGAUCCAGUGCCUUCUGCCAGAGCAGGGAGAGGAGGUGCAGACCAUUGGUCAGAUAGAGCUGUGCUUCACCAAGGACGACUUGCAUUUGCGAAACUGCACGGAGCCCGGGGAGGAGCUGCCCACCAAGCAGGAAGCAUGGCUGGCCAGGAGGACCUCCACACAUAGGAUGGUGGUCUGUGAGGAUGGCCCAGUCUUCUACCCCCCACCUUCAAAGACCCAGCUUUGAUGCCCCCAUUUUGGAAGUACUCUGUGGUUUACAAAGUAAGAAGAAUAUUCACAAGUCACUGUUUUCUAAAAAUCAACUCCAAAUCCUUAAAGUGGGUUUUACCUUUUUC